AUGUCUACCAACAGCGUUGACGUUUCGCCUCUGGGCCAACCGUUGCCCUUACCCUUCAGUAAGCGUACGGCGCCCAAUCGCUUCUACAAGGCGGCCAUGACCGAGCGCCUUUCUUCCUGGUCUCCCACAGACCUCGCGGCCCGCGGGGUGCCGAGUCGGGAGCUGAUCAAUCUCUACAAGUGCUGGGGUGAGAGCGGUUACGGCAUGAUCUCGACAGGCAACGUCAUGAUCGCGUACGACCAGCUCGAGGCGGCCGGCAACCCCAUCAUCGACCUAGAGAACCCGUACCACGGCGAACGAUUCGAGGCUUUCCAGCAGUUGGCCACCGAGGCCAAGCGACAGGGCAGUCUGAUCGUCGCCCAGGUGAGCCAUCCUGGCCGCCAGGUGAUCGAGCGCAUCCAGCCCAACCCCGUGUCCGCCAGCGACGUGAAGCUGGGGACGACGAUGGGCAUGACCUUCGGCCAGCCGCACCCUGCCACCCAUGAUGAAAUCCAGGAUAUCAUCCGCCGCUGGACGCAUGCCGCCGUGUACCUGCACAAGGCCGGCUACGACGGCAUCCAGCUGCAUGGCGCCCACGGUUAUCUCCUCGCGCAGUUCUUGUCCAAGUCUACCAACCGCCGCACCGACCAGUACGGCGGCAGUCUCGAGAAUCGCGCGCGACUCAUUGUCGAGGUUGCCCAGUCCAUCCGGCGCGAGCUUCCGUCGUCCACGGGAUUCAUUCUCGGCAUCAAGAUCAACUCAGUCGAGUUCCAGGCCGACGGAUUCACGGCCGAGGAGGCGCGCGACUUGUGUAAGAUUCUGGAGGACAACGAGUUCGACUUUGUGGAGCUUUCUGGCGGCACUUACGAGGCGUCGGCGUUCGGUGCUCGUCGAGAAUCGACGUCGCAGCGCGAGUCCUUCUUCCUCGAUUUUGCCUCACUCAUCACGCCGGCCCUGAAUCAAACCAAGAGUUACAUCACGGGCGGUCUUCGCACGGCGGCCGGUAUGGUGGAAGCAUUGGAAGCGGUGGACGGCGUGGGAAUUGGGCGACCGGCGACUCAAGAGUUGGACUUGCCCCGAGCCAUCUUGGCGGGCACGAAGUCGCGAGCGACCGAGCAGAAGUACGACCAGUACAACUUCGGACUGACGAGUGCGGUGGCAGGGGCGCAGAUGAAGCAGGCGGGCAAGGGACAGGAGCCCAUUGACAUGAGCAACGAGAAGAACGUGGGGGGAUUCAUGCAGCAGCUGCAGGGGUGGAUGCAAGAGAUGAUGGCGGACGCGACGACGGAGAUGAAGCGCUUCGGCUUCAUGGAUCUGGCCUGA